ACUUAGAACAUGGGUUAAAGCCCAUACCCGGAUUAUAAACAUACCUCACUCCUCACUAGGGUUUAUCUUUAUCGCCUUGCUCAUUCUCCUGUAACACAAGUUAAGAAAGCGCAAAAAUGGUGAAGGGGCGUCAAGGUGAGCGUGUAAGACUGUAUGUCAGAGGAUCAAUCCUUGGCUACAAGAGGUCGAAAUCAAACCAGUACCCAAACACAUCCUUAGUACAGAUCGAAGGAGUAAAUACACAAGAAGAAGUAUCAUGGUAUUUGGGAAAGAGGAUUGCUUACAUUUACAAAGCUCAAAUCAAGAAGAAUGGGUCCCACUAUCGUUGCAUUUGGGGUAAAGUUUGCAGACCUCAUGGUAAUACUGGUGUUGUUCGUGCUAAGUUCACUUCCAACCUUCCACCUAAAUCUAUGGGAGAUAAAGUUAGAGUUAUGAUGUAUCCCAGCAACAUUUAAGAAGAUCAAAGUUGCAUAUGCAAGAUGGUGAAGUGAGGAAGUAUUUGACUAGAGCUGUUCAGUGCUCACUUAGAGUUUCAAGCCGAGCCAUUUUCGAUUCUAUCUAGUUUGUUACAAGAUAGUUCUGUGUUUGAGUAAAAAAAAUUAUGUUAGGUUCUGGAACCCGAAGUUUUGGAUCUAAUCUUUCACAUUCAGUAUACAAAUACUGCUGGUUUUGUUCAAUGGUGAAGAGUUAUUGCCCCAAAGUUAAUGACGGUUGUUUAUUUGUUGUUCUCAAAUUCCUGAUUGUUUAUCUGAUGGAGGGAACUUAGUCACCCUCUAAA